CGCGCUUCCGUUGGCUCUUCCGCUGAUAGCUUCUCAGCAUCAUCCAUACACAGUCAAGAUGUCAUCUCCUUUCUCAAUAAGUAACGCUCUCCCACCACCAAACGACCCCCCAUCCUCAGUCUCCCAUGCUCUCUCUAACACGGGGAAACCAAACCAGACGGCGGUGCCUGCGUGGCCAUGGUUGGCAAGGACUGCGUCGCCAUAGCCUGCGAUCUGCGGCUGGGCCUGCAAGCACUGACGGUGUCCAACAACUUCCCCAAGAUCUUCCAGUACGGCGACAACGUCUUCCUGGGGUUGACGGGGCUGGCGACCGACGUGUCGACCGUCUCGGACCUGUUCCGGUACAAGGUCAACAUGUACCGGCUGCGCGAGGAGCGCAACAUUGCGCCCCGCACCUUUGCCAACCUCGUCAGCAGCAGCCUCUAUGAGCGCCGCUUCGGCCCUUACUUUGUCAGCCCUGUCGUGGCCGGCCUAGACCCCAAGACGGGCCAGCCCUUCAUCUGCGGCUUCGACAGCAUCGGGUGCAUCGAUUUUGCAAAGGAUUUCAUCGUGAGCGGGACAGCGACGGAGCAACUCUUUGGCAUGUGUGAGAGCUUGUGGGAGCCGGACUUGGGGCCGGAUGCACUCUUCGAGACGAUAUCACAAGCCCUCCUUAACGCUGUCGACCGCGAUGCCCUCUCGGGCUGGGGAGCCCACGUUUACAUCAUUGAGAAGGAUAAAGUGACGAAGAGGCUGCUGAAGGGGCGGCAGGAUUAAGGACGUCUAGAAUGAAGCAAAGGAUGGCCGUAUUCGCUAGAAUACGCGGCGCUGUAUCAGUAGGCCAUGUCGAGACACCAAUCGAUAUCUAAAACAAACAUCACAGCAAAUUCGUACAUGGGGACCCUGGGCGAUACACGGUUACACUCUAAAUGACUCUAUAUAAGAACCCCUGGGCUGCAACACUAGACUAUCU